AUGCGCGAAGUCUUGAUGUCUUCCGUCGAAAGUGCUGAUGUGGAGAAGGAAGAAACAGAGAGCAUGGCCGACGUCCGAUCUCUCCUACGCGCGGAGCGCCAAGCAAGACGAAUAACACAUCCAAAUGCAUCAUACACUACCGACGGCAAGCUGUCAUGCAACCUGUGCGAGAAACUCGUGAAAAGCGAGGCGAGCUGGCAGAGUCACCUCCACUCUACGCAGCAUACGCUUCGCUCGCAACGGGCGCAAGACGCGAAAGACGUGCGUGCAGUGGAUGCAAAGGUCGUUAACAAGAAGAGGAAGGCGGAGAGCUUGGAUGUUGAAAGUCCAGCGGCGCAAGGGAAGAAGAGGGUGAGGAGUGGUGAGGACGAUGGGGAGGACGUUGGUCCGAAGGUGGAGGACGAUAUCGUGGAGGAGGAGGCUGGCCCAGAAUCAUCAGGCGGUCCGGGGGAUCCAGCACCAACAGCUCCUCCCGUUGCCGACAACGAUGCGCCAGCGGAUGCGGACGAACUAGAGGCAUUUGAGCGGGACCUCGCAGCGCUGGAAGCAGAGUCAAGCACCAACAGGACUUCGGCUCUACAGUCAGCAGCGAACAUCUCAGCGGCACCAAUGACUGCGGAGCAGCUGGCAGCUCAGGCAAGGGAAGAGGCUUCAGCGCAGAAGGGCAAGCGGGAUCAAGAAUUGGAGGAUGAGAGGGAGGAUGCGAAUAGGGCUAUGGCGGAGGAGUUUGAGGAGAUGGAGGGGCUAGAAGAGAGAGUGAGGAAGCUGCGGGAGCGGCGGGAGGCGUUGCGGAAGGGCAUGGAUGCAGAGGGCGAAGAACAGAGAGCUUUUGGUGGUGGGCAUGCGGGCACGGAUGACGACGCGGUUCACAAGGAGAAUGAUGACGACCAAGACGAUGAAGAGGAUGGAUGGAACUUUGGUGGGAGCUAA